UGGUAGGAGAGGACUUCUGGUACAUGGGUCAGAGGUGUGACGUGCGGAUGACUCGAGCGCGUCUCGUGGGCGCAUGUCUUGCCAUCUUGGUCAUCCUGGCGACAGUCAUCAGCCUUUUGGCCUUUUUGGCAGUGCGACGCUACCGAGCCAUUCUGAUCCAGGCCAAAGUCGAUCAAACACGCAGCAGUUAUCGCAGGUUCAACCACUUUGAUGAACUGUCAGGUCGGUUCUGGUUGCGCUCAUGGGCGGGAUCUGCGGACUCGAUGGACAAUCCCGCCUUUACGCGGUCCGAUGAGUUACUGCACCUCCGGGCGCUUGACCGCCCCUGCUGCUACCAUGACGACACCCUGUCACUGGCCUCCACCUGCCCCAGCCAUGGAGCACACAUCAAUACGAUCUACCCACACAGCUCUCAGUAUGCUUGGAGGGGAAGUGAAAUGAGUAUGGGGGAUGGUGUGUUGGACUCAGGAAAGGCCAGCGACCUCUCCGUCUGUAGCUGGCCUGUGGAACCCAUCCAUUGGACUCCAUUCCCACUUCUGCAGCAGCUGGCCUCCCACAGGACGCCCACGGUGCGGGUUUCGAGGCCACGGUCGUACUGUGAAGGCAUGGAGCUGGUAGACCUGGGGAGGAGCUGGACUGCUUGACUACACAAGAAGAAUCUGCUCUGACACUGGUAUCUGCAGCUCGUUGGGAUAUCCUACUGCUCAAAUGUUCU